GGCUCUCAUUCUCUAGAAGAUGGCGGACUGCGUUUCGCUGUUAGAUGAGGAGCUCUCUUCCUUCGUCUUCAAUUACUUGACAGAAAACUCCAGAAGCCCGUAUGGGGAAGAGGAGGUGUGCUCAGACCGCCUGGACACUGAUUUCCCUGACUUCGACCUCUCUCAGCUGGACACCAGCGACUUUGACUCAGUGAACUGCCUCAGCGAGCUGCACUGGUGCAAUGACCACUCAGACAACUCCCCCGCCUCCAUACAGUACAGUGCAGGAGACGCCGAGCUCUUCGAGACAGAAGAGGAGAAUGCGGCGCUGCUCGCCGCUCUCACAGACAGCCUGGAUGGCAUUGUGGAGGACGGGGUGGGGGGGCUGUCCGUGUUCCCCUCUCUGGGUGAAGACCCUGAGGAGGAGGAAGAGGAGGAGGAGGAGGAGGAAGACGAGCUCCUUUUGGAAAGUGAGGCUGUCCAAGGCUCGCUGAGCCCAGAGACAGAAGACCCGUCUCUACUGAAAAAGCUCCUGCUGUCCCCCCCAAAUGUGCCUGUGGGUCUGGACUCAAACAGAUUGAACAGUGUGCUUAGUAAGGCUCAGCAACUCAAGUGUACCCGUCCUCUUCUGAAGAGGGACAGAGCAUGCACAGUGGAGAGGAAGCCACAAGCGUUCAGGCCUGUGGGUCAUCUCUGCACUGAGCUGCACCGCCACCUCACCCAGGAGGCAAACACCGAGGACACACCUACAGCUGAUACCGAGGAGGAGGAAGAUGAGGACAGUGACUCGGAGGAUGAGGACAGAGAGGAUGAAGAGGAAGAGGAGUCUUCAUCCAGCAGUGAGGUGGAGAGCACCAUGUGCACUGCGCCUCUUGAACCUCAGUUCCCGUCAGAGAAAGAGCGUCACUCUGUGGUGGAGCUCAUCCGCUACAUGCACACGUACUGUGUCCCAUCACGUAAGCAGGCCAACUGGGACCGCAAGGAGCGUGAACAUGUAAUACGCAAGACCAAGCCCGAGAACCCUGCAAUCUCUCGUAUUGCUACCCCCAGUUGUCCUAAACCUGCCACCCAACCCACCAUGCUCUCCAGCAGCAGCAGCACCAAUAAAGGAUCGAAGCCCAAGAUUCCUUUUGUACGGCGCCGAGAAACUAAAGCGCACUCCCUGCUUAAGGAGCUGCUGGAGGCUGUCGCUUCCUUUGAUGUGAGCAAGCCGUACAGACUGCACAGCCCCCCGUAUAGCUACAGCAGGACCACCGCAGCCCGACCCAAAGCUGAGCACAAAGACACAAGUGUCAUUGAAGGCUCUCAGGUGGCUGCCAAGCGGCCAAAAUGCCCUGAAAUAGACGAGGGCUCGUUUUCGGUGCGACGCUCUCGCCGCUUAGCCUCCUUCCCAAGCCGAUUUGCAAAAAGACCACGUUCGAGUGGCCACUCCAGUGAGGAGGAGAGCUCAAUACACCACCCUGCCAUGGAUUCCCCGGCUGAAGACAGCAUUGAGAAAGCAGACUCCCAGAAGAACCCUGAAACCCCAAACCUCUGCUGUAAUGACGAUAAGCGUGCCUACCUUUGUCUGACGCUGACUCCUAAAUCCACAGGAGAUCCAAGCAGGCCCUUUGAGCAGACUCUCUGCAUGGAACUGUGCGGCACGGCAGGACUCACCCCACCCACAACUCCGCCUCACAAACCUGUCGAGGAAGAGCUCUUCAAGCCCGAGGGCAAAGCCGAACUGCCCGGGAAGGGCUUGUGCCCAGCGCGGACACACCUGCGGAAGCUUCCUGAGCAGACGGAGCUGUAUGCCCAGUUGCAGCGCAUGGGCCCGACGGGUGAGAGCCAGAUCAAGGGAGCCUACAGAGACCAUGACUACUGCAUGCUAAACUUAGGCGAGAGCCACAAAAGGAUUGCUGCCAUCCUCCCAGUGCCCAUCUGCUACACUAAGGUCCAGGAGGGAGAGGAGGAGAUGGGUGAGAAAGACAGGGCAGAAAAGAUGGGCGAGAAAAUGAGGCAGGAGGAGACGGAGACCCAACAGGCUGAUUUGUCCCCAGACCUCUCCCCACGCCAACCUGUGGAGACAGGACAGCCCUCGCCUGCCUGCUCACCCACUCCUGAGGCUGAUGUUGAGUACCCUGACUCAUGCCAGCCACCCUCACCCUGCCAUCAGAUCAACCUCAGCUGUGAGAGCCACCGUGACAAGCAGAGCAAUAACACUACACACGGACAAGAGGACGGGGACAAAUGCCAAGUAUUGUACAUUCACAAUCUGCCAAGCAGCGUCACACAGGCUGUCCUGCGCAAACGCUUCAAGGCCUUUGGCGACCCAGAGGAUUGCCGCGUGCUCAUCGAAAAGGAGGAGCGUUACGGAGUCAUCACUUUUCGGCAGAAUCAGAAUGAGCUGAGUCAGAAGCACAGGCGACAUGACUCUGGGGGUCAGUACGCUGGAAGUGGCAAUCGGAGGUUCAGCAGGAAGCGGUAUAUAGAUCUGGAUGAGGCAGGACCAGGCCCAGUGAAGAGCAAGUAUGACGCUCUGGACUUUGACACUUUGCUUAAGGAGGCCCAGAGGAGUCUCCACCGCUGACACGCCUUACUGACAGCUCAGCAAUCCUCACUCCUGAGCCACCUCACAACCUCAGCCCAGACUCCACAUCAUGUUUACAUUUUUGAACACUGAUAUCGGGGAAAAAAAAAUCGGACCUUCUUGUUGAGGCUGGAGUGCUGCUGAGGCUUGAGGAUGAAACCGAGACAUGAAACAACAACAGAAAGAAGCGUGUAGACGUCAAACACUAGUGGCCUCUGAGCGGCCCUGGCUUUCUGUAGCAAACCCUUGCUCUUUCUCCGUUUGGUCGUUUGUGACGUCUGUAUGUGUGUUGCAUUGCUUUUUUUUUUUUAGUUUUUUGUAACCUUUUGUCACUUUUUCGGUGGAACUGCAACUUUCACCAAUUUGUCGUACAAGUAUAUAAAUGAUAAUUGCUUUAUAUUAGCAAAACUUUGUGGAUGUUCAAUUGUGUGCUACAAUAACAAAAAGUGGGGGAAAAAAACAACAACCACCACCACCAAGAAAAAAAAGAAACUCCUUACAACGUAGAGUUUACAAAUCAAAAAGGAACGAAAAAAAAUCUUUGUCUUUUUUGUCAUUUUAGUGCUUCCUUAUUUCAUCUAUGCACUCAAACGAGGUAGCGCUUGUGGUUUUCUUGCCUCUCCCCUCCUUCUAAGGCUGGGUUCUUGCUGCUGGCUGCCACAUCUAACAAGCAAUGGAGCCCGAAGACCUGACCAACUUUACUGUACUACUACUACUACUACUACUACUGUAUAAGUGCACCAUUCACAUUUACCUGUCAAGUCCAUAGUGUAUCAGGUUCUAGGUAUGCAAUCAGUGUACUUGGAUACAUAGCGUCCUAUUUAGAACGAAGGGAAAAAAGAUGGUCGUUAGGUUCGAAAACGCUGCCAGAAAUCUUGGACUCUCAGUAGAACGUAUCCCUCGAGGAUAUGAAUGUUGAUCAGUAUCAGCUAGUUACACAUCCCAUCAACUCAACAGCCAUUGGAAUAAUAUGAGUGUCUACGGGUAGAGAGAAGGGCCGUGGAAAUCCGGGAGGAAGUUAUUUCCAAAACUUACUCUCCCGAGAGAUACCAGUGUAUCUCUAUGUUGUUUACAUCUCCCUCUCUCACAUGGUCUCUCUGUACUUAGUUUUUCUAUUCUCUACUAUCUGAAUAGGGGAAGGUCUUCGGGUUUUUCUAGCUCUUGCCUCGUAUUUUAAACUCUUAGUCGUUCUCUGUCUGUGCUUGGAGUGUAAAAGUGUACCCACGUUUAUCUGAGUGUGCUGUCUCUGUUUUCCGGGGUCCCAGGAUGGGCUCAGCCCCCAGUUUCAUGAAGCUGAGAGACACUCCCUCUCUGCUUUGUGGUUUUUUUUUUUUUUUUUUUUAAUAUGGGGGUUUUGACUCUAUCCUGUAGAUCCUAUAUAGUGGAGCUAUGUGCUUUUAAGUGUGUGUGUGUGUGUGUGUGUGUGUGCGCGUGUCUUAUGCAUGAUCCCUGCCUCACCUGUUUUAACCAAUCACCUCCUCAGUAACACACCAGGAAACUGAAUGUUUACAUCAUUUGAAUCCUCCUUUGACUUUAAUCGAGUGCACACUAAGUCUAACAUGCCUUAUUCAGCAUUAAGGCUACUCUAUCAGGAUGUGCCUUUUAGGCCGACCCUAGAUAAUCGUUGGUACACCCUUUUCAUAACACCCACACCAUUUAAAAGAAAAACCUAAAUGAGUAUUCGUUCUUAGUAUGUAUACUACUGAAGGAGGAUAAUGUGCUGUUUACAUGACUAUAUAUAGAUCUAUAUAUACAUAGGUAUAUAAUCUGUACAUAGCCCUGUGUCUAAUGUAAACAUGACUUGUACGGUUACGUGUUGUACAGCGAUGUGUUCAUGUGUUCGGAAGCAGGCGUGUCAGGGUGUCUACUAGGGCAAAGGUGAAUUAAUGAUGCAAGCGUGUGGUGAGGAUUUAAGUUUGAGCAAUACAGGGAAGCGCGAAAAGGGACGUGGCUUCAAAAGUUCAACUCUGUUGUAAAAAGUAUCCCUUUAGAAGAUGUUGAUGAACUAUUUUCUGUUUUCCUUCCUUUUUUAAAAUGACUAUAUUAAAAUAAUUCUUUGAAGAAAACAGAUUUAAGAUGCAAUACAUGUUGUCCGAGACAGGCUUUCUCCUGAACGAAAGGAUUGAUUCAGAAAAUGAUUUGGCGACCUUGAAGAUCAGAUCUGGUCCUCGAUGUCGUACUCUAAUUAAUCUGCAGGGUAUGAUUCCCUUGACUUUGGGUGUUGUGUAUAAUAUUGCCACCAAAUCCCUCUCACGCAGUAGUGAACUUAUACAACUCGGAUUUCUGAUUGUGUGUGUGUGUGUGUGCUAGUGUACGUUCUCGGACUGCUGAAGUGAGAGAUUGUUGGUUGGUAGUCGGACACUUGAACGGGUCAAAUGAAGGUCUUAUAGAUAGUCCUGUCAGGAGAGCCUUAAACCAAUGGGGGGGGGGAAGCUAUUAAUCUUUUAUGAAUAAUCUCUGCUGUCCUUUAAAAGUCCAAUCUGUUUUCUUAAGUGAACUUUUUCAAUACAGCCAUACAAAAAGAUAUAUAGAGUACAUAAAUAUGAAUCUAUAUGUAUUUGUGUUGGUGUAGAUAAAUAUAUAUAUAUAUCUAUAUAUAUAAAAGAUAUAUAAUUUCUUAUAGAAUUUUGACCAUUUAUUCAGUAUUUGAAAGCACUUCAAUACAUUUCAAUGUCAAUCUAGAAUGUACAGAAAGAUAAUCCAAAUGAAAGGGAAAAAAACCUCCCAGAGGGAACCCUGUUUAAAAUGCAAUACAUCUCCAUUUUAGCAAUCACUAUUUGACCAAAAAGUAUACUUAAUGUGUGUAUAGGAAAAGUGCAGUACUGCAUUGAAUCUGUCUCAUAAGUGAAUGUUAUGACCGGUCUGCUUGGCCCUUGUGUGUAUGAGAGCAAGCGUGCGAAUGCAUCUGUGUUUUCAUUGCUACAGUAAGAAAUGUAAGGAAAGAGAUUUUAUUUUAUAUCUUGUCACAUCCUUGGGCAGAAAAUAUCGCAAUAUUGGAAAAUAUUUGCCAGUUAUUGUCAAAAAAGAUUUCGAUAUUCUACGUCAUGAUCAUCAUAAAUAUCAAAAUUCAGUCCCGUUUUGUGUUUAUUUGGUGCUGAAGCCUCAGCAAACGGAGCCUCUGAUGUCUUUGUGAAUCCAUGAAGCCAGUGAUGGUUGUAGUCUUGCUGCUUCAGUAUUGUGUGUUUGGUGGAAACGAAAUCAGCAUCAAAGGGCAUACAUAUGAUUUCUUUAUUUCAUUUCUAUUGAAUUUUUUUUGUCUUUACAUCUAAUGACUAUCAAACUCACUAUGAUUUUCCUUUUUUAAUGUAGUUUUUUGGAAUAAAGUAAAUACUUCUAGUAAGAUUUUAUAUUUUUACAUAUAUUGGUUUUGAGGUGGGUUUUUUUUGGUUUUGUUUUGUUUUUUUAUUUAAAUGCCACUUAGCUUGAAUGUCUUUUAAUGGUGUUUUUUUUUUCUUUCUUUGUAUUGUGUGAUUUCAUAUGUCUUGAGAAUGGAGACAAAUGCAUUUCAGUAUUUUUGAAUUGUUGAAAUCUAGUUUCACAGAUUACCUAUACGGUGGAAAUUAUCUGAUGUUAUAAAUUAUAUUUUAAUUCAUGUAAAUAGUUGAAAAAAGAUGGCUUCCUUUUAAACUGAAUACAUUUCUCUUCUGAGAUUGUUUACAUUAUUAAACUGUAGAAACUGAUCCUCAUAUACUGUUAAAAAAAAUAGUAUAUAUAUUCAUUGAUUUGGCUCCAGACAAUAAAAAAAGUCCUAAUGAACACUGAUAA